GAGGGGAGAGAGAGAGAGAGAGAGAGAGAGAGAGAGAGAGAGAGAGAGAGAGAGAGAGAGAGAGAGCAGGGUUUUUUAAAAACCGGACAUCUCUUCUGUGAGGAUCUCGGCUGUGCUGGCAGGAUCCUCUCGUCUCUUUGGAAAGGAUGAGCUCAUGCAGCAGCAGGGCUCUCACUCUGCUCUCCACCGUGUUUGGGGCGUGCGGACUGCUGUUGGUUGGGGUUGCCGUGGCAACCGAUUAUUGGCUGCUAAUGGAGGAGGGCAUCGUGCUGCAGCAGAACCAAACCAUAGACGUCAAGAUGGCGCUGCACUCCGGCCUCUGGAGGGUGUGCUUUAUAGCAGGUUCAGAGAAAGGAAAAUGCGUGGCCUCUGAAUAUUUCACCGAGCCAGAGAUAGAGAUCACGACAGAAAACACGGCAAAUAUUCUUAAAAUGGUGCGGACAGCUACUCCUUUCCCCAUGGUGUCUUUGCUCUUUGUGUUCACUGCCUUCAUCCUUAGCAACGUGGGCCAUAUUCGCCCGCAGCGCACCAUCUUGGCAUUUGUUUCCGGAAUCUUCUUCAUCCUGUCAGGUCUGAGUCUGGUGGUGGGAUUAGUGCUCUAUAUCUCCAGUAUAAACGAUGAGGUGAUGAACCGGCCCAGAGAACCGGAGCACUUCUUUAACUAUCACUAUGGCUGGUCCUUUGCGUUUGCUGCCAGCUCUUUCCUCCUCAAAGAGGGUGCUGGUGUGAUGUCUGUGUAUCUCUUCAUGAAGCGGUACACUGAAGAGGAGAUGUAUCGGCCUCACCCAGCGCUCUACCGCCCUCGUCUGUCUGAGAGCAGCGAUUACAGCGGUCAAUUCCUGCAGCCUGAUGCUUGGCCACCUCACCAGCGUGCUCGCAGUGCAUCUGAGCUCUCCAGCGACGUGUCCAUUCAGCUAGCACAGUCCCAGCAGCCUCCAGCAAAACUCAUCGCUCAGCACAGCGUGUCAGCCCCCAGUGCCACCGCUGCCUCCAGCCCAGAGUCUGCAGCUGCGUUCCAGCUUCAGUCACCCUCACACUUCAGCCACAGCCACCCUCUCCACCCCACAGAGUCCCAGCCCCUGCCCCUGUCCAUGCCACCGCCUGCUGUGCCACCCCCUCAUUACCACGCACACAUGCGCAUGAGCGCCUCGCCAUGUUAGAGGGGUUUUCAGCCACCUGAAUUUUUACAAAUUUUGAAUUUAAGCAUAAAUGGAAACAAAAUACUGAUUCACAUUUUCUUUAGCUGAUUUUCUGAAAAUUUGCUUAACAUUUGCAAAACAAAGUGAGAUGAAGGCAAAGAGAGAGCAAGAGAGAGAGAAAGAGAGAGAGAGCGAUUAUCCACAGAUUAUGUGUCAUGGUUUGAGAGAACAUGACAGGAGAAUUUUGUGACUAGUGUGCAAUAAGCUAGGUUAAGACAUGUAUCUUAAAAUAAUAAUAAUAAUAAUAAUAGUAAUAAUAAUAAUAAUAAUAAUAAUAAUAAUAAUAAUAAUAAUAAUAAUAAUAAUAAUAAUAAGAUUUGAACAUUAUAAUGAAAUAGUAAACAGUUUCAUGACUGGGUGUGAUACAGGGAGAUUUAUUGCACAAGCAAUGUACACAGCAAAACAUUUCCAUUAUAACACACAUUGUUGUAUACUUAAAUAUGUAGUGCACAAAGACAAUAACUAUUGCCUUCAGUUCUAUUAGUGAUAUCGAAAAUGUAUUCUUUUCAUCACUCUCUCUCUCUCAAACUAUCAGUAUUAGUGUUAUUAUCAUGAAGACAUAUUUAAGCUUACUUGUUGCCAGGGAAAAUAUGUAAAAUAGGUAUAUUAUUUCUACUUUGAAUAUGAGAUACUCCAGACUGAUGAUUUUUAUGAUGUAAAUAAUAUGUGUCAUUUUAACUGGUAUGGGAAAAUAUUACAAGAUGCACAGCUGAGAAGGGGAACUGUUAUAUGCAUUGAAAAUUAAAAGUGACUGGAAAACCAACUUUGCUUAAAGUCCCAGUAAGGGCUUUUUGAGUAUUGGUUCUUUUGCUGGCUUUUCAAUUUAAAUGUUUUUUUUUCACCCAUUUUGGUGCAGCUUAGUAGUCAUCUUACAUUCACAUUUGUCCCUUAAUAUAGGCAUCUCAUUCUACUGCACUUUAGAUUAAAAUCCUACUUGGGACUUUAAGAGUAGGUUUGUACUGCAAGUGUGCUGUUGCUUAUCGUGUGAAAGAGAUCCAGUAUUUAUUAUAACAUUUGUUUGAGUGAUGGUGGUUAUCAUUAGAAUAAAACCACAAUGUUCAUUCUGCAUAAUUAUCGUUAUUUAUUUGCCAAUAUAGUGCCAAUAUGUUUUACAAUGUUCCUAUUUUUGUUAACUACUGACAUCAUAUAAUAGAUUCACAUAUAUUAUACGUUAAUAAUACAUUUUAAAGCAGCCGUAAGUAACCUUUGGGAAUUUAGAGAUUUGAGGCCACUUGGUGGAAAUGUCAGUAGCAGCUCAAUGGCUGCCCAAAUAGCAAAUCGUUCCACCUUUAAGGCACAUUCAAAUAUUCAAGAUGUUAAAUUUAGAAUUAAAUGUCAUCCUAGGGAAGUAAUCAUCUGAUCCAUUAUCAUAAUUUACUCAGUAAUAAAGUAAAUAUUAUCACAAUAAAAAUCGUAUCAUGCACAUCAAUGUGACUGUCAUACUGAAGAAAGAAAGAAAGAAAGAAAGAAAGAAAGAAAGAAAGAAAGAAAGAAAGAAAGAAAGAAAGAAAGAAAGAAAGAAAGAAAGAAAGAAAGUUCAACACACUGUAACUGCAACAGGUUAUGAAUGAGAAAUAAAGUAGGACCCGAAACCUGAAAAAUGCUCCUAUACAUAUAGUUACGCUUCUAUAGAAUUACAUAUUGCUAUACAAUUCAAUGAAAAGAACAACAAAAGAAGCACAGAAAUCCCUCCAUCCUCAAUAAAAGAGCAACAAAGCAUAAGUGACAACAGUAGUAGACAUUAAACAUAAGCACACAAGUUAUAAAAUAUAGUGUAAAACAUUAUAACUCACAACUUAGUGUAAAGGACCAAACUAUAGACAAGCAAAAUAAAAGCCGUUGAAGAAAUAGCUGGCUGAUCUUCUCUAUUCAGCUGAAACAAUGCUCUAAAUUUCAAUACAAGGUUGUCAUUUCAAUGGCUGUACAUCAUUACAAUCCCUCUUUAAAGGCAACUAAAAUAUGUUCAAUUAUGGCAGGUGAUCUUCAUGUAUUUUAGGUAUUCUUUAUGAAUUUGAGGUAUUCAUGUAUUCGAGGUAUUCUUCAUGUAUUUGGGGUAUUCUUUAUGUAUUUGAGGAAUUCUUCAUGUAUUUGAGGUAUUCUUCAUGUAUUUGAGGUAUUCUUCAUGUAUUUGAGGUAUUAUUCAUGUAUUUGGGGUAUUCUUCAUGUAUUUGAGGUAUUCUUCAUGUAUUUGAGGUAUUCUUCAUGUAUUCGAGGUAUUCUUCAUGUAUUCGAGGUAUUCUUCAUGUAUUUGGGGUAUUCUUCAUGCAUUUGGGGUAUUCUUCAUGUAUUCGAGGUAUUCUUCAUGUAUUUGGGGUAUUCUUCAUGUAUUUGGGGUAUUCUUCAUUCUCAGACUUCUCUGUAAUAACGCUGAUGGCAAAUAAUUAUUUAUAGGCAUUUUGCAGCAAUGUCAAAACAUUUUCUUCCCAUGCCUGAUACUGUAUCCAUAAUAAAAUAUACUUAGGUAUAGUUGCUUGUUGCUGCUUUAAGCAGUUAUACCUUUCUACAAUGGAUAUUAAAAUUCUAAACACUCCUGUUACAAUGUGCCAUU